UCUUUUCCCUUCCCUAUUUCCUACUCACCUCCCCACACACACUGGCACCCUUCUCUCUGUCGUGACCAGCUCCACUCCAGUAAGAGAGCUGAGCUGUUGCUGGUCCUCCUAUCUCUGAGACUGUUCCCCAUGUCCCCAAACUGGCUCCUCAACCUCUCAUCUCCCCUUUUCGGGGUGCCCCUCCAUCUCUUCUUCAUCUCCGUCCUCUUUGGUCUUCUGCCCUACAACUUUCUCUGUGUCCAGUCAGGUCUAAUGUUGGCAGAGUUGAGGGGUGUGGCC